AGUUCAAUUUAUAAUCUUGUAAGGUGACAAUGUGUAGUCAUAAAACUUAUUUUGUUAGUAAAAAUACAAUAUAAAGAAUGAAAUACUCAGCUUCACUUCUUCUGUUUGUUCUCUAUUUGAUCAAAUGUGAGGCUUUGGUUAGGCCUGAACCUGUUUCUUUAGUAUUUGAAAGACAAUUCGGCUCAGAUACGUAUAAUUUACGGACUAAAUGUCAUAUUAAAAAAGCAAAUACUGCAUCUUCUGCUGCCCGAGAUUUAUAUAAAGAAAGUCUGAAAGUAGAUAAAUUAAUUAAAGAUAAAGCAACGGAACAAACAACAUCAAGUGAAUUGAAACACCUGACAGAGAAAUAUUGCACUAAAAAUGAAAAGCUUGCACCAUUGGCACAAAAAUUGGUCGAUGCUGUGCAAGAUUGUUUAAAAAAUUCUAUGGAUAACGCAAAAAAACAGAAAAUAAUGGCAAUAUUUACAAAUACUAUUUGUGAAAGCAUAUUUUCAGAGCCAGUAAUUUCAACUUUAUUCUUAAUUCUUAAUUUAUCAACUUUAUUCUUCGUCAGUUUUGAAAGUAAAAACCAAGUGAAUGAAAUAAAAAACUUCGCCGCUGUAUUAUUUUUGUGUUUUCUCCUAUUCAUGGGUGCUUUCUCAAAUGAAUCGAUCACUUUUAUAUUUGAGAGACAAUUUGGAUCGGAUCCUGAUAAUUUGAACACAAAAUGCAAUAAUGAUAAAGCAGAAGCUGUAUCAAGAGCUAAAAAUGAAUUAAUACAGGCCAAUAGAAAAAUUGAAAAUAUAAUAAAAGAGAAAAUAACAAAUGAUACAACAUGGGAUGAAAUAUCUCAUCUAACAAGACAACAUUGUGAUGGGAAUGAAACUAUACAUUUUUUAUCGAAAAAACUAGUGGAUGAUGCACAAGAAUGCUUGCAAAAUUCUUUGGACGAUAAAAAGCGGGCAGAAAUUAUUAGGGAAUUUGUAAGCAAUAGUUGCGCUUCAAUUUAUAACAAAUUUAACUCACAAGGUUAACUGGAAUUGGAAGAAAGAAGAGUUAUCAAAGUGCAAACUCAUAAGUAGUUAGACGUUUUCUGCUACAAAAUUGUUUAAUUCAUUAUAUUUAUAUAUCUACUAACUAAAAUGUAAAUAUAUCGAUAUGAGCGAUGUCUUCCA